AUGAAAGGGUUAAUGUUAAACGCCUCGUUCUACCUCUACGAAUACCAACUUGUCUCCAUUCUCACCUUUAUUGAUAUCCAGUCAAGCUAUAAUUAUUUUUCCUUUUCCUAG